AUGGAGCAGAUGCUGAGCUCGUUCCAGAGCGACCUGAGCAGCCUGAGCUGGGAGAUCCGGGCUCUCCAGGACCAAUCCGUGGCCAUGAACCUCCGGCUGCGCAACCGUCGGGAAAUCCGGGAGCGCCUCGGGAGCCUCCUGGACGAGCUCGUCGUGCCCCCCAACAUGAUCAGCGUGAUCCUGGAGGUGCCGGUGACGGAGCCGGAAUUCCUGGAGCAGCUGCGGGAGCUGAACGGGAAGAUCGAGGCGGUGAAGGAACAGGCAUUCCGCGACACCCUCGCCUGUGCCGACGUCCAGCACGUCCUGGAGAAGCUCAAGGUCAAGGCCGUCACCAAAAUCCGGGAAUUCGUCCUGCAGAAGAUUUACUCCUUCCGCAAGCCCAUGACCAACUACCAGAUCCCCCAGAACUCCCUCCUCAAAUACAAGUUUUUCUACCAGUUCCUGCUGGGGAACGAGCGGAACGUGGCGCAGGAAUUACGGGAUCAGUACGUGGAGACCGUCAGCAGGAUCUACUUCUCCUACUUCAAAUCCUACACCGGGCGCCUCAUGAAGAUCCAGUACGAGGAGGUGGCGGAGAAGGACGACCCUGAUGGCGUCGAGUGACAGGGGCCAAGGGGGUUCUUCUCCAAGCCGUCCCUGAAGAACAGGAACACCGUGUUCACCCUCGGCAACCGCGGCAACGUCAUCGCGCCCGCCGAGCUCGAAGGGCCCAUCAUCGUCCAUCAACGGGCAGGCACAGAAGAAGCGACCAUCAGUG